AUGGCCAACCCGCUCCUCACGCCGUUCACUCUCCCGGACGGCACGGAGCUCUCAAUGCGCAUCGUCUACGCGCCGCUGACGCGCGAUCGCGCUCUCGGGACCAUCCCGCAGCCGAACGCCGCGAUCUACUACUCGCAGCGCGCGCACAAGGGCGGGCUCAUGCUCACCGAGGCCACGUGCAUCUCGCCCGAGGCGCACGGGUACCCCGACACCCCGGGGAUCUACACGGAGGCGCAGAUCGCGGCGUGGAAGCCGGUGAUCAAGGCCGUGCACGACAAGGGCGCGCGGUUCUACUGCCAGCUGUGGCACGUCGGCCGCGCGUCGCACCAAGAGUACCAGCCUGAUGGCGCCGCGCCGAUGGCUCCGUCCGCCAUUCCCAUCCGUAGCGUGGACAAGGUGUACAUCAGCACUGGCGCCGCCGACUAUCCCACGCCCAGGGCCAUGACCGCGGAAGAGAUCAAGAAGGUGGUGGAGCAGUACCGUGUGGCGGCGCGCAACGCGAUUGACGCGGGGUUUGACGGCGUGGAGGUGCAUGGCGCGAACGGGUACCUGCUGGAGCAGUUCAUCAAGGACGGCUCCAACAAGCGAGAGGACGAGUUUGGAGGGUCCCUGGAGAACAGGCUUCGCUUCCCCCUGCAGGUGAUCAAGGCAGUGGCGGACGAGGUGGGAGCCAGCAAGGUGGGCGUGCGGCUGUCGCCCUACAGCACCUUCCUGGACGAGACCGACUCCGACCCCGUCGCCACCUAUGUGGGGCUCGUGGAGCGUCUGAACGGCAUGGGGCUGGCGUACGUGCACUUUAUUGAGGCGCGCGUGCGCGGCAAUGAUGACAUGGAAGUUGAGGAGGAGACUCUGGAGCCAUUCCGCAAGGCAUUCAAGGGGCCCUUCAUUGCUGCUGGUGGCUUCAAGCGGGAGAGCGGUAUGGCAGCGGUUGAGAGCGGGGCGGUGGAUCUGAUCGCGUACGGCCGUCUCUUCCUCGCCAACCCCGACCUGCCGAGGCGCUUUGAACUCAACGCGCCACUCAACCCGUACGACCGCAGCACUUUCUUCUUCCCGGACCAGGUCAAGGGGUACAUCGACUACCCUUUCCUGGACGAGGCUAAGAAGGCUGAAUAG